CCUGAGCCCCUUCGAUAUCCCUUCUUCCCGACCUUAUCCCUCGAGCGCGUCCUGCGCGUCAAAUUAUGAGGCUCCCCAGUCUCACUCUUCUCGUCUCUACCUGGGCAUGGGCCUGUUGCGCCCUCGUCAUCGACACCGCAUCUUUGGGUCUUGACAAUAACCAGAUAGCCCAGCGCGCCGACCCAUCGCUCGCCGGAUACUUGGGGGUCUUCUUUCUCGGCGCCGAUCCAUACGUCUACUUCUACCUCAGCAACGGCAACAAUCCCAUAUCUUUCAAGGCUUUAAACAAAGGCUCGCCAAUCUUCAAGCCGACCAAGGGGACAGGAGGUGUUCGGGAUCCGACUAUCGUUCCGGGUGGAGGUAGCGAGGCAGGGAAGAAGUGGUAUAUCAUUGGGACGGAUUUGAACAUUGGAAAGACAACAUGGGACGCAGCACAACGAACAGGCUCCAAGGGAAUCUUUGUCUGGGAAAGCACCGAUCUCAUCAACUGGGUCAAUGAGAGACUUGUGAUCGUAGAAGACAAUACGGCCGGCAUGGUAUGGGCACCUGAGGCGAUUUGGGAUCCGGCAAAGGGUCAAUAUCUCGUCCAUUGGGCUUCCAAAUUUUACUCCUCCUCCGACCCCUCCCACACCGGCACCCCCUCCUCCACCAAGAUCCGCUACGCCUACACCUCCGACUUCCGCACCUUUUCCACUCCCCAGACGUACAUCGACCGAUCCCCAACCAACAUCAUCGACCUAACCAUUCUUCCUCUCAACAACUCUUCCUCCUCCUCCUACCUCCGCUUCAUGAAAGACGAAUCCCUCAAGACCGUCUUCGUCGAAACAUCCACCACCGGUCUUUUUGGUAGUUGGACCCGCGUCGGUGGUGCCUCAGCCAUUAUCGAAUCGGGAGUAGAAGGUCCCGCGGCGUAUUGGGAUAAUACCAUUCCCGGCAAAGUCCAUUUGCUAUUAGACUUUUAUGGGAGUGAUGGGUAUCGACCGUAUGAGAGUACGACUCCGGAAAGGAAUAGUGGUGGGUGGACGGCGAGUUCGAGGACGGGGUGGCCGACGGGGUUGAGGCAUGGGAGUGUACUGCCUGUGGAUGGGACGGUUUGGGAGAGGUUGAAUGCUAGGUGGGGUUGAUGAUCAAAACAAUGAAUACCUACCAAAAAAAGGAGGUGGGUUGGGAUGGGGAGUGAAAUGGGACUGGGACUGGAACUGGAUGAGAAUUGAACGUGAAGGGGAAAAGAGGGAUGGAUGUUGGAGUCGUUGUUGAAAGGGGACGAAAACAUCAUGCCAAGCAUCGCAACCUGUGACGACCUGAAUGGCCCCGUGCCUUCCACAACAACACGGCAAAAAACACAAAAAAAAAAAACUUGCCCCAGUCGGUCACGAACGGGUCGCGUCUCGGGCAGAGGACAGAUGCACCGAGCUGGCGCGACAGGUGUAGCAGGUGGGCUGUCACUCCACGCCACUACGCCAUGCACCACUAAUUCCACGACCCGUUGCUAUUCUGUUCGUCCGAUCGCCUUAUCAAGUCUUGCUCAAAUGGUCGUUGCAUUGGAUAUAUUUACAAUUGUCGUCAAACAUGUGUUUUCUCCCACUGUCUGCAAGAUGCGCGUCUUCCAUUCAUUCUGUUUCCGUUACCGUCUCGUGCGAUGUAUGUCCGACUGUACACUACUACUUUCCAGAACAGAACAAGAUCAACUAAACAAAAAUCAGAUAUCCUCCCACCAAGCUCUCCCAAGUAACUUUUUCCAAAAUCAGUUUGUUUGCACAUUCGCGUUCUUUUUUUGCUUUUCAGAUGAGUUCCACUUGAUAACCAUGAUAGAGGAAAACAAGACGAGAGAGAGUGAGUUUCAAGGAAAUGGGGUAUCGUUCCCACCACCAGUUAUCAGCGAUCACCGAAAACAACCAGACCGUUCCAGAUGAACAACAGAGGGUACCGCCGCCAGCCGCCAUAGGGUGACAACCACCAUUGACGCCGUUUUUCUAUUUUCCUAAACCAACCAACGAGCAAAGACGUAACGUAAAGGAGGCAACAUGAAAAAGGACGAAAGGCGAAAGGGUGAAAUAAAGAUGAAGCAUAAAAAAGGGUAGAGAGGAAAGAAAAGCAAUGUGAAGUGAAAGAGAAGAGCAAGAGGAAGAGCAAAGCAAAGCAAUUACUAAAUCUUUUUUCUCGGCAACAUCCUGUGCGCCAGC